AUCCUCGUGGGCGGAGCCUGCAUGACACAUCAAAACAGACAGCUCAGCGGUAAACAGGCUGUUCGGUGCUCAGGGAUCGAGGGUUACACGGCUGUCAAAAAGGCACAAUAACAUCGGAAUUAACCAGGAUUUAUUACAGAUAACAUCGCUUGCCUCCUGCUGUUAACACAACAGACCGAAAACACAACGGGGUUUGGUUGUUGAGAUUUCACCACUGUCUGCUGUGGAGAUCACGUUGUUUUCUGUGUGAUGGAGUUUCCACAUUUGGGAGAGCACUGCUCUGAGAAGACCUGCAAACGUUUAGAUUUUCUUCCUAUGAGAUGUGACGCCUGUCAAGAGAUUUUCUGCAAGGACCACAUAUCCUAUGCAACUCACAAAUGCAUGUCGUCCUACAAAAAGGACAUCCAGGUCCCAGUAUGUCCUCUGUGCAACAUCCCCAUUCCCAUAAAGAGAGGAGAGACGCCCGACAUUAAAGUCGGGGAACACAUUGAUCGGGAUUGCAAAUCGGACCCUGCGCAGAGAAAAAGAAAGAUUUUCACAAACAAGUGUUCUAAAGGAGGCUGUAAGCAGAAGGAAAUGAUGCGAGUGACCUGUGACCAGUGUCAUUUAAAUUACUGUCUUAAACACCGGCACCCACUAGACCAUGAAUGUAAGACUGACGGGAAACCCCUGUCCAAAGCAGGACAUUCUGCUUUAAUGAGGACCCAAGGUGCUUCCUCCACCUCCACCUCCACCUCCACCUCUGCCUCUAGUUCUUCCGGUUCAGGAAACUAUAGACCGGCUUCUAAUGGUGUGCCUGCAAACAACAGAGGCCACAGCGCUGGCCCUGCCCAGCUACCCAGGAUUCCUACUUCCGUUUCAGCACAGAAUGUAAUUCCACCAUCAGCAUCUUUUCAGGCCGGCAUGACGGAGGAGCAGGCUUUACAAAGAGCUCUGGAGAUGUCCCUGGCUGAUUCGAGGGAGACAGUUCAGCCGGCCCUCACCCCUCAGGAGCAGGAGGAUCUGGCUCUGGCUCAGGCUCUCGCUGCCAGUGAAGAAGAAUACAGACGUCAGCAGCAGAGACAACAGGUACCCGGAAAGCUUAGGCGCCCGUAGCAUGCUUACAGGAACACAUGGGCGAGAGUCCAAAACCUCCAACUGCAGCCUCUCUUAAUCUCGGAUCACCACUUAGACUUCAAAAGCUGUGCUAACUAUCUACUAGAACCUGCACAUCUGGGCUAUCCAUAUCCGGGAUCAAUGAUUGUUAAAUGAAGAAAAUCCUCUUGGAAGUUGCUGAGAUAUUACCGCCUUCUACAAUAUAUAAGCACAUAACUUUCCCAGCAGGAUCUGUCAUUUUUACUAAUGCUUUGCUCUGUAUAUAUUUUCUAUGCUGAUCAUGAUGAAAACCAUUAUAUUACCAUAUAUAUGAAUAUUGAAUAAAUUAUUUCAAAGAUGCA